UCUCAAACAGUCAGAGAGGAACGCGUGAAUGUAAUCAAUACAGCAGUGAUCGCGCAUCGCGCCUCAUUCUCACUCCCAUUACGCAGCGGGAUUGACAUGAAACUGUGAAUUGUUUGCUGCUCAAAUAGAGUUGACCUGGAGCCAGCAGUCUGAGGGAUUGAGCACCGACCAUCCCAGCCUCCUCCCCCUCUGCAUCAGCAUGACAAAGCACUGGGGGGGUCCGGGCUUGUUGGCACCACCCGUGAUCACUGUAGGAGCAGGAGCGCAACACGACCAUCACCUUGACUGCAGAACCAGCUAUUCCUCUUCCAACCCUAGCUGUCACUGCUCCACAAAUCCACUGCUGGAGUUUGGUGGCCGGCUGGAGAAGUCCACAGGGAUGGCGCAGGACUCCUGUUACAGAGCCAAAUCGUCGGAUCAAAGCGCAUGGGAAAUGCAGGAUGGAAACUCCAGUGGAGGAAAGAAGAAGAACUAUCAGCGUUAUCCCAAACCACCUUACUCUUACCUAGCUAUGAUUGCCAUGGUCAUCCAGAACUCUCCGGAGAAGAAGCUCACUUUAUCAGAGAUUCUGAAGGAGAUCAGCACUCUCUUUCCAUUCUUCAAGGGAAAUUACAAAGGCUGGAGAGACUCAGUCCGACACAACCUGUCCUCUUACGACUGCUUUGUGAAGGUGCUUAAGGAUCCUGGUAAACCCCAAGGUAAAGGUAACUUUUGGACUGUAGAAGUGAGCCGAAUUCCCCUGGAGCUUCUGAAAAGACAAAAUACGGCAGUGUCCCGUCAGGAUGAAACUAUCUUUGCUCAGGACCUGGCCCCGUACAUCUUUCAAGGUUACGCUCAGUCGAACAAGUCCAAACCUCUGCCUGCUGACCUCUCCUUACCCCCCGUUCCCACCCGUCACAGCCCAAACCCAUCAGAGGACCCCUAUCGUCCCAAACUGGACUCCACAUUUGCCAUAGAUUCUCUCCUGCAUAGCCUCAGGCCUGCCAGUUCUGCUGGGGAAGGGCUACGAGAGAGGGAGAGUUGGGGCGUCGGGCCCCCUCCACACACUCGCUCUACCACUCCACUGCGGCCUUGUAACGCCUCAUACAAUUGCAGUUCGUCAGCCAGCUCUGUCAGCCCUGCGUCUGAUUUGUCAGACGAGGACUGGAGAGGGGUAACACUUAUUGGGAAAAGAUCAAGCGAUCGAGGAUCGACUUCAGAUGGAUACAGUGACUCGUGUCCCCCGCCAAACAAAAGCUCCAAGCGGGGUACCACUCCUCCAUGGGAGCUCCCGACUUCCUACGCCAAAUACACCCCUCCUAACGCGGUAGCCCCUCCUAGCAUGCGCUUUAACGGAAACCCCUUCAUGCCACUGGGCGGUAUUCCGUUCUACGGUUAUGGUGGUGCACAUGUCACUUCAUCACACUUGAUUGGUCACCCCUACUGGCCCAUUCUACCAAAUGGGCCAGUUUCCAUACAAGCUCCGCCCCUUCUCAUGGACUUGGACAGUAUGCUGCAAUCUGUUCCGCCCAAUAAGAGUGUGUUCGAUGCGCUCGGCCCCAACAAUCAGACUUCUCAUCCACCUCCAAACCAGUAUGCCCUUCAGAAUGGACCUUCCCUUUGCAAAUAUUCUCUUUAAACUGUUCACAAAAUAGUCCUGGCUUCUCAUCUUUGGCACUGCUUAGGUUUACACAAAGAUUUGCAACCCCAAAUGCUGCUCAUCACAGUGUACUCAAUCUAUAAAUUGUAUCAGGAAAUUCCUUCUGUGAACUGAACUGUUACGAGGCCAAUAUUGACCAAAGAUUCUACCUAACCAAUGUUGACACUGUUGUAACUCCUGUCCAUUCAUGUGACUUUAUUUGACACAGUUGCUACCUCAGACUUUUAAUGUCAAUGAGAGGCACAUUAGCUGCUCUUGUUUCCUGAAUGGACCCUUGUAAUGUUUGGGGACAAUCAAUGAAAUACUUGACGAGACCAAUUGAAUGUUGUCCAUUUAUAAGCUUGAAGUAUGGUGUGUGUGUGUGUGUGUGUGUGUGUGUGUGUGUGUGUGUGUGGUUGCUUUAACUCCUUACAAAUGAACCAGAAAUGGCAUGCUGGACAUUUGUUAGGAUUAGAGAUGUUUGUGUGUGAAUGUGUACUUUUGAAAAUGUAAGGAACCUGCAAAGUUUACAUAAAGACUGGCUUUUGUGCCAUGAAUGUGUCACUUUUUAUAUGUUGGUUUUAGCAGGGUAAAUAGAUUUUUUGAAAUCUUGACUUUUUGUAAUGCUUUUCUGACUUAAAUGUUUUAAUUUCACCCCCGCUCCAGUUGGUAAAGUCCAGUCUUGGGCUCUGAUAACAAUGGUGGAGGCUUGACAGAUCUGAUGAGAUCCAGUCUUGUGUGUUUUUUUUCUGGCAUGCAUUCACUUUGAAGAACUGUAAUUAGAGCCAUUUUUAUCAGUGCACUGUCUCAAAGCCUUAUCAUGACUCUUUGUGUCCCUGUGGAGUAUAGGUGCUGUAACUAUGAUUUUUAUAAUCUGGUCAUCAAAUGCCUUUUUAAAAUAAAUGUUUAUGUUGCCUUUUGAUCAUGCAUGUCUGCAUGAUACUGUCCAGAAGCUCAUAUUGAGCGAUUUGAUCAGUAAUUAAACGUAAGGGUCGUUUAACUGGUGGUCUGUGGUUGUCCCUCC